AAGUAAUCCUUUAUUUUUUAUUUUUAAUUUUCGUCUGAAAUUUCGAUUUCUUUGAUUUUUAUUUUAUUUUUUUAGGAGGCUGUCAAGUUCUCACCAGAAUUUGAUUCCUGGUUUUUCUUGGCGGAUUUGCAUUCCAAGAAAAUUCGAUUCCGAUCUCACUUUGGAUUUUGUUUUGUGGAGAAUGGCGAAGCGUGGAUAUAAGCUGCAGGAAUUUGUGGCUCAUACAGCAAAUGUGAAUUGUCUAAGUUUGGGAAAAAAGACAUGUAGACUUCUUAUUACGGGUGGAGAUGAUCAUAAAGUCAAUGUUUGGGCAAUUGGGAAACCCAAUUCUUUAAUGAGUCUCUGUGGUCAUACUAGUCCGGUAGAAUCUUUAGCUUUUGAUUCGGCAGAAGUUUUGGUGCUUGCUGGAGCAUCUACAGGUGUGAUGAAGCUUUGGGAUCUGGAAGAAACAAAGAUGGUUCGUGGACUUACUGGACACAGAUCUAAUUGCACUGCCAUGGAAUUCCAUCCAUUUGGUGAGUUCUUUGCAUCUGGUUCCAUGGACACAAAUCUAAAGAUCUGGGAUAUCAGAAAAAAGGGAUGUAUCCACACAUACAAGGGCCAUACUCGAGGCAUUAGUACAAUUAGAUUCACUCCUGAUGGUCGCUGGUUAGUUUCCGGUGGAUUUGAUAAUGUUGUAAAGGUGUGGGAUCUUACUGCUGGAAAACUCUUGAAUGAGUUUAAGUUUCAUGAAGGACACGUUUGCUCCAUAGAUUUCCAUCCUCUUGAGUUUCUCCUUGCCACAGGUUCAGCUGACAGAACAGUAAAAUUCUGGGAUUUAGAAACCUUUGAACUGAUUGGAUCUUGCAGACCUGAGGCUACAGGGGUUCGCUCAAUUACCUUCCAUCCUGAUGGGAGAACCCUGUUCUGUGGAUCAGACAGUGGUUUGAAGGUUUAUUCAUGGGAGCCAGUAGUUUGUCAUGAUUCUGUUGAUAUGGGAUGGUCAACGCUUGGUGACCUCUGCAUCAAUGAAGGCAAACUUUUGGGUUGUUCGUACUAUCAAAAUUCUGUUGGAGUUUGGGUGGCAGAUGUAGGGCAUAUUGAGCCAUAUGGCCGAAAUGAUCGUACAGAGAAGAAAUUUAAUCUUGAGGGAAGUUAUUCUUCAGAGAAAACAGGGAGUGGCAUGAGGUCAAGUUUGGGAUCACGGCCUGUGUCGCCUGAUUAUGAGACAAAGGAAAUAAAGAACAUAUAUGUUGACACUGCUGGCAGUAAUCCUAUUGCUACACAGAAAGAUGGCUCUUUGAAUUCUCCAAAGGUGGUACUCCCAUUGGAUGCCAGUGAAAUAAGUAAUCUGGCAGCAGAGAAGCAGAGUCCUGGAGUAGGAAUUAAUGCUAAAUCUAACGGACAAUCGGAUAACAAGUCUUUUAUCACACCCAGUGUUGUUCCACGGGACAAUCCUGUUGGGAGAGAUUUUACAAGUUCUGGAAAAGAAACUAUCACCUUUUCAAGGACUAAACCGGGCAUGUUGCUCAAACCAGCUCAUGUUAGAAGACUAUCUGUCAACAAGUUUGAUGUUGAAAAGUUGUCAGCUGCAGUUGAACCAGCAACUCUUAGCCAUAUAAAAAGCAGGUUAGACAGUGCAAUGGAUCUGAAUUCUCAAACUAGGCAUGUGUCACAGGAUGGAGCCAAAAAUUCCUGUGAUGAAAACGAUUCAAACAUCAAGAGUGUUACAGAGAAAUCUGACAAGAUGUUAUCACAACAGACACCCCCUAAUCAAGAAACUUGUAAUGAAUCCCUCAAUUGCAACAAAGACUCAAACUCUGUCAAAUUUGUCAAUGGAGUGGCUGUUGUUCCAGGGAGAACGCGCACUCUGGUUGAGAGGUUUGAACAAAGAGAGAAGUUAAACAGCAGUGGUGGUCCGGCAAGUAUUUGUAUACCCCCUGUGGUACCUGAAACAGAUGGUACACCAGCCAUAAUGAAAGGAGAGACACAAAUCUCCAAAACAGAAUCAGUCUCUGCCAAUAAUGGAAACUGUGCAGGAAGUCAAAUUUCUAGAAUGGAAGCAACUUCUAGCUCUGAGGGAAGCAUUACUGGAAGUGAGAUUUAUAGAAGGGAAUCAACCCCUACUUCUGAUGGGAUCAUUACUGGAGAUCAAAUUUCUAGAAGGGAAUUAAACUUCACCCCUGGUAGGAUCAUUUCUGGAAAUCAAACUUCUAGAAAGGAAUCAACCUUCGCACCUGAUAGGAUCAAUACUGGAAAUCAAAUUUCUAGAAGGGAAUCAACCUCUGCUUUGGAUGGGAUCGUUACUGGAAACCUAAUUACAAGAAGGGAAUCAACUUCCAUUUCUGAUGGGAUCAUUUCUAGAAAUCAACUUUCUAGAAGGGAAGCAACCUCUGCUAAUGAUAGGAGUGGACCAAAUGGUACAAUUACUGAAAAUCAAAUUUCUAGGAGGGGAUUGAGUUCUGCUAAUGAUGGGAAUGUCACUAUUAGUGAAAGCCAAAUUACAAGGGGCGAGUCAAUCUCUGCUAACGAUGGAAACAUAACUGAAAGUCUGAUGCAAAUGCAUGAUGUAGUCUUAAGCACAUUCCGGUCACGCUUGACAAAGUUACAGGUAGUGCGGCAUUUUUGGGAAAAGAACGACAUUAAAGGAGCAAUUGGUGCCUUGCGGAAGCUGCCAGAUCAUUCUGUGGGUAUUUAUGGGAAGAUUUCAUUGCAGGUGCAAGCAGAUGUAAUCAGUGUUCUCAUGGAAAAAAUGGAGAUUCUCACCUUAGAUCUGUUUUCUGGCCUGCUUCCUGUGCUUAUGGGCUUAUUAGAUAGCAAAAUGGAAAGGCAUGUAAAUGUCUCAUUGGAGAUGCUCCAGAAGCUUGUAGCAGUUUUUGGUCCUGUGAUUCGCUCAACCGUUUCAGCCCCACGCGGUGUUGGCGUUGAUCUUCACGCUGAGCAGAGGCGAGAAUGCUGCAAUCAGUGUUUUAUGCAGCUGCAAAAGAUACAAAAACUUCUUCCACCACUCCUAAGGAGAGGUGGUGCGAUAGCAAGAUGUGCACAGGAACUGAAUCUAGUUCUUCAAGAAUGACGAUGAAUUCCACCAUGGCGCCACCAAAACCAUCUGCUGCUGAAGCAUGAAAAAAGUGGCUGGGCCGACACCACUUUUGCCUUGCCAGUUGCCACCUUACCGUAUUUCGCUCUGCCCGCAUUUGCCAGUACCCGAUUGGUAGCUCGAGUAAGUAUCAUCAUUUGAAACCGGUUACCACAUGAAGAUGGAAGAACCCAGCUUGUGAAUCUCAAUGUUUCUGGUACACCACCGAAAUUGCUUUGUCAUUCUUUGAUUCAGCAUAGUGCUGUUUGUAAUCUUUCUGUUAAAAAUCCAUGUAUGUAAGCAUGUGCCAAUGCAAAUAUACUCGUCAGCUAUAAUAUUCAAUGAAAUAUACAUCAAUUC